AUGCACACACCAGGAUCCUCGACAGCCGGUUACGCACUGCUGCUGAUCGUGCAGGUGGUUUUUAUAAUCGUGUUCGGGUUCUGCACCGAUUACGCCAAGGAGCUGUUGCCCGUGAAAAAUGAAACAGCCCGAGUCCACAGCCCUGCCGAGUCCGAGGGAGGAAAUCUGCGCAAAUAUCCUCACUUUCAAGACAUCCACGUGAUGAUCUUUGCCGGGUUUGCCUUUCUGAUGACGUUUUUGAAGCGGUAUGGCUUUAGUGCGUCCGGGCUGAACCUGCUCGUGGCCGCCCUGGUCGUCCAGUGGGCCAUCAUCAUGCGGGGCUGCUACGAGAUGGAAGACGGCAUCAUACCGAUCUCACUACAGAACCUGAUCGGGGCGGACAUUGCAGCGGCAGCCGUACUGAUCAGCAUGGGCGCCCUGCUCGGCCGUACGACACCGAUCCAGCUGCUAAUCAUGGGCAUUCUGGAGAUUGCGAUCUUCGCUGGCAACGAGUACCUGCAGCUGGAGCUGGUAAAGGCGGCCGAUGUCGGUGGCUCGAUUACGGUGCACGCAUUCGGUGCGUACUUCGGGCUGGCCGUGAGCUUUAUGCUACGACCGAAGAAGGAACUGGCGAAGGCCGGUCCGCUGGAAGGGUCAUCGUACAGCUCGGACAUCAGCGCCAUGAUCGGGACGAUCUUUUUGUGGAUCUUCUGGCCCAGCUUCAAUUCGGCACUGGUCGAUGGAGCGGACCAGGAGCGUGCCAUCAUCAACACGUAUCUUUCGCUCGCCGGAGCGACGGUGACUACGUUCGUGCUGUCCGCGCUAGUGUCCCACGAGCACAAGCUGGACAUGGUGCAUGUGCAGAACUCGACGCUGGCUGGCGGUGUGGCGGUGGGAUCGAUCUGUAAUCUGCUGAUCCACCCGUUCGGUGCACUGAUCGUCGGCGUUAUGGCAGGCGUUAUUUCCGUGCUGGGCUAUCGCUUUCUUACGCCCGCCAUACUGUCUAACCUGCGCAUUGCGGAUACGUGCGGUGUGCACAACCUGCACGGCAUGCCCGCCGUACUGUCGGCCAUCUUCUCCGCCAUUUAUGCAUCGUUUGCAAGUGUCGAAACAUACGGCACCUCAUUGGCUACGAUUUUCCCCGCGAUGCAGAAUCCGAACGCCACCAAUGCCACGUCGGAAAUCGAACCGCUGGAAUAUGUCAUCGGGGGAUAUGGCCGGUCCGGUGCUAAGCAGGGUGCUUUCCAGCUGAUGGCCAUUGGCAUAACGAUGGUGAUCGCCAUUGUUGGCGGGCUGAUAACCGGAUUGAUACUCAAAUCACCCUCAGUUCGUCAGUUGGAAGAACAUGAGCUUCACAAAGACGAUGCGUUCUGGGAAACGCCAUCAGAAGAAUCGACAAACACUACCAGCACCACCAACGAAUCAUCCAACUAGUAAUAGAAAAAGGAUUAAAAACAACGAACGAAGAAUCUUUCUCUUGAACAGCGUUCAAUUCUUCGUAGUGGUCGAAUUAAAAUACACCACAGCAAAUUACUAAUUGUUCU